UCUGCCAGCCCGGAGCGCGUCUCCCCUUUAAGCGAAGCAGCAAAAAAAAAAAAAAAAAAAGCCCGCAAGGUUGCGCGGAAUCCGAUCCGGAGCAUGGGGACUGGGGACUUUGCGCGGCUUUGCUUGUGUUUGGCUCUGGCGAUCCUCCACCUUGACAGGUUUGCCGGCGGCAACGGGGUGCCAGAUGCUGAUGAAUGUACAGAAGGGACAGAUGACUGCCACAUUGAUGCAAUUUGUCAGAACACACCUAAAUCAUUCAAAUGCAUUUGCAAGCCAGGUUAUAAGGGAGAAGGAAAACAGUGUGAAGACAUUGAUGAAUGUGAAAAUGACUUCUACAAUGGAGGCUGUGUACAUGAAUGCAUCAAUAUUCCUGGGAAUUACAGGUGUAUGUGUUAUGAUGGCUUCAUGUUGGCUGAAGAUGGACACAAUUGUCUUGAUGUUGAUGAGUGUUUGGAUAACAAUGGUGGCUGCCAACAGAUUUGUGUCAAUACUAUGGGAAGCUAUGAAUGCCAAUGCAAAGAAGGGUUUUUCCUAAGCGACAACCAACACACCUGUAUUCAUCGCUCUAAUGAGGGUAUGAACUGCAUGAACAAAGAUCAUGGAUGUGAACAUAUCUGCCGGGAGACACCCAAAGGUGGAGUUGCCUGUGAAUGUAGGCCUGGCUUUGAACUUGCCAAAAACCAGAAGGAUUGCAAAUUAACCUGUAACUAUGGAAAUGGAGGCUGCCAACACACGUGUGAUGACACAGAUAGUGGCCCUGUAUGCGGUUGUCAUCAGAAAUAUGCAUUGCAUUCAGACGGCCGAACAUGCAUUGAGAAGGAUGAGGCUGCAAUUGAGAGCUCUGAGUUCAAUGCCACGUCAGUAGCUGAUGUGGACAAGCGGGUGAAACGGCGGCUACUUAUGGAAACAUGUGCUGUUAAUAAUGGAGGCUGUGACCGGACUUGCAAGGAUACAGCCACAGGCGUUCGCUGCAGUUGCCCGGUUGGAUUUACUUUGCAACCCGAUGGGAAAACAUGCAAAGAUAUAGAUGAAUGUCUGGUGAACAAUGGCGGCUGUGAUCACUUCUGCAGAAACACAGUGGGAAGCUUUGAAUGCAGUUGCCAAAAGGGCUACAAAUUGCUAACAGAUGAACGAACCUGCCAAGAUAUAGACGAAUGUUCAUUUGAAAGGACCUGUGACCAUACCUGCAUCAACUAUCCUGGAAGUUUUGAAUGCUUAUGUCACAACGGUUAUACGUUAUAUGGAAUGACACAUUGUGGAGAUGUAGAUGAAUGUAGCAUCAACAAUGGAAGCUGUGAUUAUGGAUGUCUUAAUACUGUGGGAACUUAUGAAUGUUUAUGUCCAUCUGGAAAAAAAUUACACUGGAAUAAAAAAGAUUGUGUUGAGAUGGUGAAAUGUUUGCCCGGUGCCAAUCCAGUUCCCAAAGCUCAGUUGCUCUGUAGCAAAUCAGGAGGAAUUGAGAACUGUUUCUUAUUCUGUCCAUCCAACACCCUUUUCGUUCCAGACUCAGAAAAUAGCUAUUCAGUAAGCUGUGGCAUGCCAGUACAACAGGGCAAGUCACAACAAAAACGCAACAGUACACUUCCAGGUUGUAUGGACAUCUUAAUGCCACCCAUCAAGCAGAAGGCUCGCUUUAAAAUUAAGGAUGCCAAGUGUCACUUCAGGCCUCGGAACAAGGAGAAGAUUAAGGAAGUUGGAAAGCAGCAAACUCUUCUAGGUCAGUUCCCCUGUGCAGACAAUUGCCACAUAACUUUUGUAAAUCUCAAAUGUGAUUCCUCUAAGAAAAAACGCCGUGGGCGAAAAUCUCCAUCAAAAGAAGUAUCCCAUAUCACGGCUGAAUUUGAAAUGGAGAUGAAGUCUGAAGAAGUUUCAGUUACCUGCAGCGUUGGCACCUAUUAUAGUGGAGAACAUAAUCAAUGCAUCCCUUGCUCACCAGGAACGUAUCAAGACACAGAAGGUCAGCUCUCCUGUGAACCUUGUCCAGGGAAUGAUGGGCAAGGCAUUGAAGGUGCACGAAGUGUGUUAGAAUGUGGAGGACAGUGUUCUCCUGGGCAGUUUUCUUCUGAUGGUUUUAAACCUUGCAGACUGUGUCCACUUGGCACUUACCAGUCUGAACCAGGAAGGACCCUCUGUUUCCCCUGCGGUGGAGGGCUGGGGACAAAAUAUGAUGGCGCAGUUUCAUUUCAAGACUGCGAAACUAAAGUUCAUUGUUCUCCUGGCCAUUACUACAACUCUACAACCCACAGAUGUAUUAGGUGUUCUGUAGGAACCUACCAACCUGAAUUUGGCCAGAAUUAUUGCAUCACUUGCCCUGGAAAUACAAGUACAGAUUUUGAUGGUUCCACUAACGUUACACACUGUAAAAAUCAACAAUGUGGUGGAGAACUUGGAGACUAUACAGGAUACAUCGAAUCCCCCAACUAUCCAGGAGAUUACCCAGCCAAUGUUGAAUGCACUUGGAAUAUAAGCCCACCUCCAAAGAGACGGAUCCUCAUUGUAGUCCCCGAGAUCUUUCUCCCAAUUGAAGACGAGUGUGGUGAUGUUUUAGUAAUGAGAAAAAGUGCUUCACCUACAUCAAUUACUACCUAUGAAACCUGCCAAACCUAUGAGAGACCCAUAGCCUUCACCUCCCGGUCACGGAAAUUGUGGAUUCAGUUCAAAUCAAAUGAAGGAAACAGUGGCAAAGGAUUUCAAGUGCCCUAUGUGACGUAUGAUGAGGACUAUCAGCAGUUAAUAGAGGACAUUGUUCGUGAUGGACGUUUAUAUGCUUCAGAAAAUCACCAAGAAAUUUUAAAAGACAAGAAAUUGAUUAAAGCCCUUUUUGAUGUACUGGCACAUCCUCAAAACUAUUUCAAGUACACAGCACAAGAAUCAAAGGAGAUGUUUCCAAGAUCGUUUAUAAAGCUAUUGCGAUCAAAAGUUUCCAGGUUUCUACGACCAUACAAAUAGCUUCUAGUGCUUUUUCAGGAGUUUUUUUUUUAUUUUUGGUUCUUUUGCAUUCCUGUCAAAUAUUAUAUUGGGUUUGACUGUAGAAACAUUUUUGCUGAUUUUAAGAUUUCCUGCCCAUCUUUAUCUUAAAUUGUAUAUUGAAGAAUAACUAUAAUGUUUUAUAACCUCCAAUAUUUGAUGGGAUUUUUUUUUUCACCUCAAAGAAAAGUAACUUGGAAUUUCAGAGACCAUCCAAUUGAUGAUCCAUAUUUUGGCUGCACAACUUUAUUUUCCGUGUAUCAUAGAGAAGUGUUCGUUUUAGAGAAGGAACCUUGUUUAUCUUCCACAUGAAGAAGAAACCUGUUCAUCUUUUUUGAAGAAACUACCUGCAAAGAAGAAUUAUUGAUAGAAAAAGUAUGUAGUAUAAAUGAUACUUGGAUUUUGAAUUGCACUUGAACUUUAUAUGUGAAAUUUUGGGAAGGGGAAUCUCAACUUCAUUGUUUUCCUAUUGGUGGUUUUAUGGAGACUUGUGUUUUUUUUAUAAACCAAAAAGAAGGUGGGGAUAAAAUAUAGUUACCUUAACUUUUGUUUAAUGGGUUAGGCAAGAAUAAUCCUACAAUCCAUAGAUUUCUUGCUCCUGAUAAUAACAUUUUUAAAAGUCUGUUUUGAAAAUGGAAUGCAAUGGUUGAAUUAGACACAGAAUUGGUUUCUCUGCUAAAUUCAGGGGUGGGC